GUAUGCCCCCACCUCUCAGAGAGAGAGGAACAGCUGACUGUUUUCACCAAGCAAUUACAAAUAUCCAAGGAUCUGGAUUUGCCAGUGAACAUCCAUUCCCGAUCAGCUGCAAAGGUCACCAUAGCUACUCUGAAAGAACAGGGUAUCACUUGUGCUUUGCUGCACAACUUUGCAGGGAAACCAUCAGUGGCCAUGGAAGGAGUGCAGGCAGGGUACUUCUUCUCCUUCCCUCCAGCUGUCUGUAGGAAUGACCAGAAGGCCAAGCUGAUCAAACAGAUUCCAUUAGAACACAUCUGUCUGGAGACAGACUCUCCUGCCUUGGGACCAGAAAAACAUGUAAGGAAUGAACCCAAGAACAUUUCACUGGUCUGUGAGUACAUUGCUCAUGUCAAAGGAAUCACACCUCAAAUGGUAAUUCAUGCCACUACAGAUAAUGCCCUCAGACUGUUCCCCAAAAUUAAGAGACUUGAGUGACGCGUUUUGUA